GCCCACUACACACACUAGACACACACAGCACAUCCACAAAAAACCCCAUCCGAAUACCCCACAUUUAUUUACACCCUUUUGCAAUUCUAUAGAACACACAUGAGCACACGAAAAGGUAAAAAACCAUUCGAAAUCGAAGAAAAUUUCAGCACAAGGCUCGUCCAGCAAAAUAGCGACCACAAAUUCGUACAUCCAGGAACACCGCAUCCGGACACAAACACAACCAACUGAAGACCUGGAAACCCCACAAGAUCCUCAAAUCGUUAAGUGAUCAGCCAACCGGAAAAGCCAAGCCCAGCUCCAGAAAUGCAGAAGGGUGUCAAGGACAAGGAGAACCGGAAUGCGACGAUGGGUCCGGAGAUCUGCGAGUUCCACCAGCAGCAGCAGCCGCCAUCAAAACAAAACGAAGGCUUUCUUGGCAGUUUCCUAUCGAAGGGCCUAAAAACCAAUCAGCUGGUUGUGAAUACGGAUGAAAAGACCCUGCGACCGGUUGCACGCCUGAAGGAACCGCGCGAUCUCUUCGCCCUGCCGAAGGACAAGGACAAUGACUGCUCACAGCAGGCCCCCAGAUGGCCGGUGGAAUGCCAGGUCAUCGAGGAGCGCAUCACACACAUUCCGUACGUGCCCGCUACGCCGGAGCCGCUCAACGCUCCGACGGGCAACGAGCUGAAGCCACGGCCCGUGGGCGAGGAGAAUGGCAUCGUGGUGUUCAGCUACAGUCCGAUUAGCGCCGUCAACUACGAAAAGCCCAAGGCGAAAAAGGAGGAGGAUGAGUCCAGUGACGAAUCGGACUAUUCCUCGGAUUCCCGCCAAGAUUCAACGCCCCCCAGCCGGGCCACGCCCAUGCGUCUGGCGGGGGGCGGUGGGUGUGCCCGUGGCAAGCUGAACAGCGUGUCCAAGAUGAUCAACACGGUGGACAAUCGAUCCACGAGUGCCUCCCUAGAUGACAACGAUGACUACUAUGAUGAUGAUUACGAUAGCUCCGGUGGCUUUGGAGGUGGCGGUGGUGGAUUUAGUGGUGAGCUUAAGGAGAAGGCCAUCAUUAAGAAUCUCAUUGAGGCCAAGAAGAAGCGUUACCAGGAGGAGGCAGAAGCGGGAACACCCACCGGCGGCGGAGGCGGUGGAACGGCCCGAAACUCGAGGGCAGCCAGCCGUUCGGAGGCCAGCAAGGAUGCCAGCGAUAUCGAUGAUAUUUGGAAGAACAACACCAGUGAAUACAAGCCCGCCUCGCCGCGCUACGUUCUCAGUCAGUUUGGCAAGAAGGUGGCCAAGGCCGUGAUCGAUAGGAUGGUGGAUAACGAUGAUCCCGCCGCCGUCCCACCAACGGGAUCGCAAAAGGUAUCGAACAAGUUCGCCGUCACCCCCAUCAAGUUGCCCAAAACGAAUAUAGCCCGCUUAGAGGUGGCCUUCCAGCGAAGUGCUCGCCAGGAUCGAUCCGCUGCAGUGGCUCCCCAGUCGCUUUCCAAAAGGGGAAUCACCAAGGGCGGUGCGGUGGUGGUGAUGGGCAGUACCCAUAGAAGCUCUGGCCUCGGGGAGGUGAAGAAUGAGCAUGAGGAAUUCGAUUCGGACAUGGAGGAUUCGGGGAGCGGCGAUACCGUGCGCAGGACCACCGGAAGCUAUUCCGCCCGGCUGGCUGGUGGUGCCGAGAAGCGUCCUUGUCCCGGUCCCGGAUCCGUUUCGGAUACCGAAACGCUGGUGGGAGAUGAGAGCAGGAGCAGACUGGCUGGCUCUGGUGAUCCGCAGGAGCAGACCUUCGCUCGGUCGCGGAGCCGUCAGUUGCAUGUGAGACCGCCGUUACCCCGAGCGGUACCGCACACCCAUGCGGACACAGUGGCGGCGGCGGCGGCGUUGGCAGCGGCGCUCGCCAGAGGGCGCCACCGAGACGGUUGUCUGGGCGGCAAGGACGAAUCCUCAUGGGGAGUGGGGGGAAUGGUGGGAGCAAGAGCGGGUUCGGGCACCACUGGCACCUCGAUGGGCACUAAUCGCACCACAUCUCCGCCUGGUAACAACGUCUUCCGGCUGAGCAAGGAUCAGCAGCAGCAGCAGCAGCAGCAGCAGCAGCAGCAGCAGCAGCAGCAGCAGCAGCAGCAGCUGUUGCAUUCGAUGGCCAGCCAGGAGACGACCGGCACCCUUAACUCCAGUACAAGUACUAACCAGACAAUGACGACGAUGACCACCAACCCGUCGCAAUCUUUUCUAUGCUCCGAUUUACCCCAAGCGCAGUUCAGUCGAUCGGCCGUCGGCGGAGCCCGUUUCGUGACCAAUUGUCACCCCAUGAAUCCCGAGGAGUACGACGGCCUGGAGUUCGAAUCGCGCUUCGAGAGCGGCAAUCUGGCCAAGGCGGUCCAGAUCACGCCCACCUACUAUGAGCUCUACCUGCGACCCGAUCUCUACACCAGCCGGUCCAAGCAGUGGUUCUAUUUCCGGGUGCGGCGCACCAGACGCAAGAUGCUCUACCGCUUCUCGAUCGUCAAUCUGGUGAAGUCGGACAGUCUCUACAACGACGGCAUGCAGCCGGUCAUGUACUCAACGCUGGGCGCCAAGGAGAAGAGCGAAGGCUGGCGGAGAUGCGGGGACAAUAUAUGCUACUACCGGAACGACGAUGAGAGUGCCAGCAAUAGCGCAAACGAAGACGACGAGGACAACUCGACGUACACGCUGACCUUCACCAUCGAGUUCGAGCACGAUGACGACACGGUGUUCUUUGCCCACAGCUACCCGUACACGUACAGCGACCUGCAGGACUACCUCAUGGAGAUCCAGCGCCAUCCGGUCAAGUCCAAGUUCUGCAAGCUGCGACUACUCUGCCGCACCUUGGCGGGCAAUAAUGUCUACUAUCUGACGGUGACGGCGCCCUCCUCCAACGAGGAGAACAUGCGGCGAAAGAAAUCGAUCGUUGUGUCGGCGCGUGUGCAUCCCAGCGAGACACCUGCCUCGUGGAUGAUGAAGGGUCUGAUGGACUUCAUCACGGGGGAUACGACGGUAGCAAAGCGGCUGCGGCACAAGUUCAUAUUCAAAUUGGUGCCGAUGUUGAAUCCGGACGGAGUCAUCGUGGGCAACACCCGGAACUCGCUGACCGGCAAGGACCUCAACCGCCAGUACCGCACGGUCAUUCGCGAGACAUAUCCAUCCAUUUGGUAUACCAAAGCCAUGAUUAGAAGACUGAUUGAGGAAUGCGGCGUGGCCAUGUACUGUGAUAUGCACGCUCACUCACGCAAACACAACAUAUUCAUAUAUGGCUGUGAGAACAAACGCAACCCGGAGAAGAAGCUCACCGAGCAGGUCUUUCCGCUGAUGCUGCACAAGAACAGUGCGGAUCGGUUCUCCUUCGAGAGCUGCAAGUUCAAGAUCCAGCGCAGCAAGGAGGGCACCGGACGCAUUGUGGUCUGGAUGCUGGGCAUCACCAAUAGCUAUACGAUCGAGGCCUCCUUCGGCGGCUCCUCGCUGGGAUCGCGCAAGGGGUCGCACUUUAACACGCAGGAUUAUGAGCACAUGGGACGAGCAUUUUGUGAGACACUUUUGGACUACUGCGAUGAGAAUCCGAACAAAGUAAAGCGGCACGCAAAGUUGUUUAAACAAAUCAAAAAGAUAAGAAAACGCGAGAAACGCGAACAGAAAGCAUUGAAAUUACAGAAAAUGGCCGAUCAGGGAUGUAUAAUGAACGACAAACUGAAAAUUUUAAAUUUACUCAAACAACAGGACAGGCUACGAUCCAAAAUUAUCGAAAGACUGAUGCGAGAAGGCUCCAGUGCCGACGAGCCAUUGAAUAUUCCCCUGUCGGAUUACUCAAGCGACGAGGGCAACUGCAGCUCCAGUUCGGACAAUGAGGGCAAGCACUCGAUAACUGCCUCCGAUCUGGAGGGCCCCUGUUGUGCCCCCACCCGAGCUCCGCCCAGUUCGCCGGAGGUGAUUCACGAGAUCCGAAAGUUUCGCAUGCGACGCAUGCGCAAAGUGAUGCACGAGCUGGACAGGAUCUACUUUACGCCGCUAUUCCAGCGUAAGUUCAAAACGCUGACCACCUUGAAGAGGAGGCGUCACAAGAUCGAUGGUGCUGGCAAGGCGUCUCCAAAUGCAAAACGUUUGCGAGGUGGAGGUGGAGGUGGAGGCAGUAACGCCACAGGCGAUGCCACGCCCACGCCAGUGUCUGCUGCCGUAAAAGCAGCAGGAUUAACCAUGGAGACCACUGCAACAUCCCAACAGCAGAAUUCCAGCAGGCAGCUGGCCCGAAAACCGCCGCCGAUCAAAAAAUGCCAAGCGACUGGAGCUCAGAGUUCAGAGAGUAGCGAUAGCCUGGAUACCUCGCGCACCGAAUCCUUUCGGGAUGCCGAGUGCUCCAGUGCCAGCACCGCAGCAGGCAGCAGGGAGGUUAAGCGAAGGGUCAAGGCCACCGUUGGCGGAGUGGGCAGUGGGUCCAAGAAAACGGGCAGAAAGAAGAAGUUCAUGCCCACGGAAAAGAGGAAGCCGGUGGUCAAUCAGAAACUUCACGUGGAUCGCAAUUUCCGGCUGUGGCUGGCCAACCGACGCAUCUACAUCUACCGCCGCAAGAAGUCCACACAGGCGCGUCGCACCAAGGUGAGAAGCAAGCCGCCGAAGAAACGUGGCGAAGUGGUGCGCACCACUCUGGACUUGCCCACAACGGAUCCGGGAUCGGAUCUGCAUUUCUCCACCGACGACGAGGAGCACUCGCCGACGACCGGACAAAAUGGCUACGGAGCAGUGGCUCCGCUCCGGCACACACUGCUCCAGAGCGAUCUGCAGCGGCGGUAUAUCGAGGAGAUUGGCGAUACGGUGGUGCAGAAGCCAAAGCCCGCCCACAUGCCACCGGAACUGAUCGUGACCACGCCCUCGAAGAGCGGCACUCCGGGCGGUGGCAAGAAACUGGAUGUCUACAAGCUGACUCCGCGCACCGCACCCGAAUUGGACACGGGCGGCCAUCAGAUGGCCAUGAUGCAGCGACAGGCCGGCGGAGCUGGGUCAUCCGCCAGACGCACCUACUCGUGGCACAAUCUCGACCAGCAGGAAAUACCCAGUGGUAGCGGUGGUCAGGGCAAGGCCAACUUCUACAUGGGCGAAGCCAAGCCGACGAUGAAGGCAAUGACCAAACCGCCGCCUAGAAGAAGUGUUCCGAGCAACUUCAUUCCCCAGAGAAAUGGCAAUGUGCAAACGGCAGAUGAUCUGCAGCUCAAGCUCUCGCUUAAGAAGAAAGUCUGGACGGGAGCGCACGGGGAUGCGGAUGGACGACCACUGGCCUGGUACAAGGGUCACUCAAUGGCAGGAUCUCAAAUGGCCAACGCUGCGGCGGCCAUUAGAAGUGCAGGCGGUGGAGGCGGAACAGGAGGAGGAGGAGGCGUCACCAGCGGAGGAGGCGGAGUAGGAGCGGGUGGAAGUGGGCAUAACCGAGCCAUGUUCACAUCCAGUGGCAGGGAGCCGCCAGCUGCCACCGGUGGAAACGCAAUGGGCGUGCCACCCGCUUUUAUAGGAGCACCACGCAAGCCCAGGAAACUGGAGCAAGUUGAUCUGUUCAACGCCUGCUCCCAGAAACUGCUCCUGUGGCAGCAACAGGAGGAGCGUCAACGCUCCCAGCCGCAGCCCUCGCAGCGCUUGACGAAGGUGGAUGACUCCCAGCAGCAGCAACAGCAGCCACAUCCAAGGGAUCGGGAUCGUGAUCGUGAUCGUGAUCGGGAGCAGCAUGGCGCCUUCAGGCCCAUGGCCAAGAAGUCGUCGGGAACGGGCCAGAGCAAAGUCGUCCAGGCUUUGAUGGCAGCCGAAUCGGGCGGAAAGGUGAAACGCAAGUCCAGCAGCAUGAUGAAGAUUGCGGAAACCACGCAACUGGUGACCCGAUUUGCCCGCAGUCGCAACAGUGCCGGAGGAUCCGCAGUGCAGCAGCAGCAUCUGCAGCAACAGCAACAGCAGAUGCACCAGCAGCACCAACGGAUGAUGUUCAAGGGCCAGGGUACUGGUGGUGGCGGAUCCAUGGCCGGUCGCAUGCACUCGGCCGGGGUCAUGGGUCACAUGCAGGGCGGCAACGGCAACGGCGGCGGCGGCGGCGGAGGACGUGCACCCAACAAAUUCAAGACCGGCGGAUUGGUCAUCACAGCCGUGCAACAGCCAACCAAUAUGCCAGGUGGCAGUUCGCGUCGGAUGCGGAAUGCGGCCGGAUUGCAGGCCAAGAGCAGCACCGGCACCUUGGGCUCCUCCUCCGGGCAGCAAAUGCAGUACCAGCGGAGCAAUGGCAAUGUCCAGGCCAACAAAUCCGCCACGGGAAUCUCGCUGGACACCGUGAAUUUGGUGCGGAAGGUGAAGACCAAGCUGAAGAAGCGCAAAUCCCGCACCUUGUCCAACGGUGCACCGAAAUAGUAUCAUCCAGAGAUCCCCGAAGUACAUAGAUCUGCCUAUCCGAUCCGAUCCGAUCCGAUCCGGAAAACCCCUAUAUAUUUCGUUCAAAAUUUUAGUCGAAUUUGAUACCGCCCAUAUCUUCAAGUUUGUUACGCAAAACAAAUACCGAUAAGGAAAUGAUUAGCUAAAUUAACUAAAUAAUUCAUAUACAUAUCUCUCUAUAGACCUUAUAUAUGCCUAUGUAAUCUCGAUCUCUCUGUACCUACAGUUAAUCCCCAAAAAUAAUGUUGAAAGUCCUAGUGUGUGUGUGUGUUGUUUUUUUUUCCGCUG